AUGAAAAUUGACCGAGAUAUUGGAGAAUUACCAAGUCCAAAGAAUACGAUAUUUAAAACAUUAGUUUCUCCAACAAUAAUAAAUACUAAUGGAAAAGAAGCUUAUGUUUUUUUUAUUGCAUCUGAUGAUGUUUUACCAGGGUUAAUGGUCAUGGAAAAUAGUUUAAGACGAGUGAAUGCCACACGAAAACGUAUUGCAUUCGUUGUUAGCAAUGUGAAAACCGAAGCAAUUCUUCCAUUUAUUGAAGCAAUGAAUAUAGAAAUUGUUAAAAUUACUCCAAAACCAAGUGGCUUUUACAAAAAUUAUCAACCGGAGUAUGAAAGAUGGAAAGUAAUAGCAAAUCGUUUUGAAAUGUUACAUGUAUUUGAGGGUUAUAAUAGAAUUAUAGCAUUAGAUACGGAUAUGAUUGUUCAAAAAUCUGUUGAAGAAUUAUUUGAUGAACAUAUAUGGCCACAAGAGUUUUUAGCCGCUACGGACAAUAUUGGUUGUCUUCAAACAACACCAGGGAUAAUAAAUGGUGGUUUGAUGGUAUUCACACGGCCAACAAAAGAAAUGUACCACGAAUUAAUGUCUAUAUUAGACGAACGCGUUUACGUUUUGGGUGGAGAUCAAUGGUUGUUUCAAUUACUUUUUUCUCGCCGUGCUAUUGCUAAAAAAAAAAAAUAUUUGAAAACCGAAAAUAUCAUAUAUCCCGUUAAAGAUCACGUCUAUUGGUCAUCAACAUUACCUUCGAAUGUUAUUGCUUUUACGCAUCGAUGUAUAUGUAAUACUACAAUUUACAAAAUGGAUGAACCAACUGGUGAUUUUGAAAAAAUUGAUAAAUUACAUAUUCUUCAUUUUAUAAGUUUUAUUCAAGAUCAGUACAGAUUAAUUAAUGGAGAAAAACUUGGUAAUCAUAAAUGUCUGUAUUACGCUUAUGAUCUAUGGUUGAAUAAUUUUAAAGAAAUGAGAAUAUUAUUGGAACAAAAAUUUCAGCGACCAUUAAAUUUUUCUCAUGGACAACCAAUGUGA